AUGGGAGAGACCCAUGAUGAGUGUCAGGUGGUGGAGCCUAAACUAUACAAGUCCAUUAUUGAAGAUGUGAUCGAAGGUGUGCGGGAUCUCUUUGCAGAAGAGGGUUUAGAGGAACAGGUUCUGAAAGACUUGAAGCAGCUUUGGGAAACCAAGGUGAUGCAGUCUAAAGCAACAGAAGGCUUCUUCAGACAUAGCCACCAUUCUCCACAGUUUACCCUGCAGUUGCCGCACAAUUUCCACCGCGUUCUGCAGGCUUCAGCAGCUUCUUUAGUCAUCCCAACUGGCAGAGGUUUUCAGCAUUUCACAGCAGCAGAUCUGGGUGCUUCACGAGCGGGUGCAACUCUUACUCUCCCUUCGGGUAUUGCUUAUCCUAUACAUGUACCAGCUGGAGUGACGCUACAGACGGCAUCUGGGCACCUUUAUAAGGUAAAUGUGCCUGUUAUGGUUACACAGGCAGGAGAUGCAAGUAUUCUACAUCAUCCUGUUCAGCAGAUAUUUCAGCCCCUUGGGCAACAUUCAGUUCUGCAAGCCAACAUUGCCGGUGUUGCACAGGUGAAUGCAUCUUCUGCCCAGGCAGCUGCUGAAACAUUGCAACCCCAGGAGACUGCUGUCCAACAGACCAUGGUAUUUCAACCAAAUGUCAUGGAAAAAACCCACCUGGAGAACUCUGCCAAUACUACGUUGGUCCAGCAGCCUUCUGUGAGUCAGCAGCAACUUGUGACUAAUGCAGUGUUGAAUCAGCAUGCAGACUCAACAGAAAAAUCUCAGCAUGGCAACCUUCAUACAGCUGUGUUUACUCCAGAAUCCUCUGAAGGGUUUUCUCCUGCUGAAUCCUUGGCAAACAACUCGAGUGGUAUCCUGCUGGAUGUGGAGGGGCAGUUAGACAUUGAGCCUCAAGAGGCAGUGCAGCAGCAGGUGUCUGAUGAUAUCAUUGACCUGAUUAUCACGGGCAAAAGUUUGGAUGAUAAAGCUGUUCUGAAAGAUCAGGACAGCAUUGCUUCCUCUGACAAGAUGGAACCUACUGAGCAGAUGGAAUCUAAUUUACGAUCAGAGAAGGAUAUCUGCAGUGACAUUGAAGGCAUAAUUCAGCUAGAUGGAACUGGUGAUGUUUCUCCCAAGGAAGAAAUACCACAUACAAAAGAUAGGGAAGAGAAUGAAUUCAUUGGCAUUAUUGAAUCAGAGGAUCUAAAAGUUCUGGAGGAUGUGGAUGAGGAAGACGAUGAUGAAGAAUGUGACAGUAUUUCAAACACUGAGUCUAGCAGCAGUGGUGGUGAUAAUGAAGAGCCCCAAAUAGAUAUAGUUGAGGAGGACCCCUUAAAUUCUGGUGAUGAUGUCAGUGAACAGGACGUUCCAGACUUGUUUGACACAGACAAUGUGAUAGUUUGUCAGUAUGACAAGAUACAUCGAAGUAAGAAUAAAUGGAAGUUCUACUUAAAAGAUGGAGUGAUGUCCUUUGAGGGUAAAGACCAUGUUUUUGCAAAAGCCAUUGGAGAUGCAGAGUGGUGA